AUGGUUCAUAAACAUUGUUUGAAAGCUGUUGAUCGGAGUUUGCGUGACCUUAUGACAGUAUGCAAUGAGUUGAGCAUGGAGAUGCCAUUUGGUGGGAAAACGGUUGUUUUGGGGGGUGAUUCCAGACAGAUUUUACCGGUUGUGCCUAAUGGUAGUCGACAAGAUAUUGUGAAUGCUACUAUUAACUCAUCGUAUCUAUGGAGUAGUUGCAAAUUUUUGAGGUUGACUAACAAUAUGAGACUUCUUAGAAUUAAAUCUGGUGAGGAAGCGUCGAAAUUGAAGGAUUUUUCUGAGUGGGUGGCGUCAAUUGGAGAUGGGGUUAUUGGGGGUCCUAAUGAUGGUGAAGUCAAUAUUGAUCUUCCUACUGAUAUUGUAUUGGCCGAGAGUGGUGAUCCUCUACAAAACAUUGUUAAAUCUAUUUAUCCUUCAUAUAUGGACAACAAAUAUUUAAGCUGCCAUUUGCAUGAUCGAGCUAUACUUGCUCCAACGUUGGAUGUGGUUGACUUGGUUAAUCAAUAUAUGAUUUCUUUGGAUCAAUCGGAUGGUCGUGUUUAUUUGAGCUCAGAUAGCAUAUCUAAGUCUGAUCAAACCUCUAAUGGUUUUGCGGAGAUACAUUCAGUAGAAUUUUUGAAUAAUCUUAAGUGCUAUGGUACACCAAAUCAUGAGUUGUUGUUGAAGGUUGGUACUCCUGUUAUGUUGUUAAGAAACAUAGAUUCUGCUAAUGGACUGUGUAAUGGAACACGAUUGAUCAUUACACGUCUAGGUGAUCAUGUUUUAGAAGCCAAAGUCUUGAGUGCUGAUAACCAAGGUAAUAAAGUGUUGAUUCCUCGGAUGUCAGUAACGCCUUCUUACUAG